UCACUGCGUACGUCAAGCCAGUCCUUUUCACGGUUUCAUUCCGGCCGGUGUGUUUAUCCAUAGUGUGGCCAAGUUAUCUUCUGUCGUAAAUACAAAACGGUUUUAAAUUCACAAAUCAAUUUAAGUUACUCGUGCUUUCAACCAAUUUUUAAACAAGAUGGACAACCAAGGUUUUUUGAAAGACAAAGUGGGUUUUGCUACUAUCGCCAUUCAUGCCGGCCAGGACCCGGAGAAGUGGAACUCAGCAGCUGUCGUGCCCCCCAUCGUAACGUCGACAACAUUCAAGCAGCCAGCACCUGCAGAACAUACUGGAUUCGAAUACGGAAGAUCUGGUAAUCCUUCAAGGAAUACGUUAGAGGAAUGCCUAGCAGCUCUCGAUGGAGGCAGUCACGCAUUGACGUUUGCUUCUGGUUUGGCCACAACCAACACAUUGGUGGCAUUGCUUAACAAAGGUGACCAUGUAUUAUCCAUUGAUGAUGUGUAUGGCGGCACAAACAGACUAUUCAGAAAUGUCACGACAAGACAAGGCAUUGAAGUUUCUUUUACAGACUUUACGGAUACAAAUAAAGUGAAAAAUGCCAUUCAAGAUAACACGAAAAUGAUUUGGUUAGAAACGCCGACGAACCCUUUGCUGAAAGUGGUAGAUAUUGCGGCAGUGGUCAAAUUGGUCAAGAGCAUUCGCGGGGACAUUCUAGUUGUGGUCGACAACACUUUCUUGACAUGCUACCUGCAAAGACCGCUGGACUUCGGCGCAGAUAUAGUGAUGUACUCAUUGACAAAAUACAUGAAUGGACACUCUGACGUCAUCAUGGGGGCUGCGAUUGUUAAAGACAGCGCACUCAACGAUAAACUAAGGUUUUUACAAAACGCAAUGGGAGCAGUUCCAUCGCCGUUUGACUGCUACUUGGUCAACAGGAGUUUGAAAACAUUAGCACUAAGGAUGGAGCGACACAGAACGUCUUCUUUGGCGAUAGCAAAAUGGUUGCAGAAACACCCUAAAAUCACUGAAGUUAUGCACCCAGGUUUACCCACACACCCGCAGUACGAAAUAGCGAAGAAACAAACAAGUGGACACUCUGGCGUAUUUAGCUUCAACCAUUCGGGUGGUCUCAAAGAAUCCAGGAAGUUUUUAAUGUCGCUAAAAGUAUUCACGUUGGCUGAAAGUUUGGGAGGCUACGAAAGUCUUGCUGAACUACCAUCGCUGAUGACACACGCUUCAGUACCGGCCGAGCAGAGAGCAGAACUUGGAAUCACGGACUCGUUGAUUCGACUCUCAGUCGGGCUAGAGGACACUGAGGAUCUGAUCGAAGAUUUGAAGCAGGCUCUUGAUGCCAGUUUCUGAGAUUAGCCGAAAUGUUUUUAUCGUACAUCGACAUCACAUUACAGUGAACUUUUAUGUUGCAAAAUAACACCUAGGUCUAGCGCUUGACUCAGUCAGUGCCCGAGGUAUGGGAGAGGCACGGGAGGGGUUUUUUGUAACGUCAAACGUCACAUUUGUAUGCUCUUUUACGUUAUAAAUUAUGUCAAUGUCACCCCACCCGUGCCGCUGCCAUACCUCAGGCACUGACUAUGUUUUUUAUUCAAUUUUAAAUUUUUAAUAAUAUAAAAUCGGUUCCUUAUAGGUAACAAUUUUAUUUAUAAUUUUUUCACAAGACCUAGAUAAAAUUUAGGUUUUUUAUUAGAUAAUGAACAAGAACGGUUUUAUGAUCUUAUUUUGUACAGUAUUUCUAGCAUCAGUGAUAUGUCUGCAUUCCUUAUGAAGCUGUAUCAAAUAGAAUAUUAAAUUAACUACAUGUUAUCAAUUCAAUAAAAUUAAAAGUGCUGUUAUGUGUUCGUUCCUACUCGCUUGAGAACGGCUGGACCGAUUUGACAAUAUUUUAAAAUUAUGUAUCACAAUAGUCUGAAUUGGGGUUUGUGCUCGAAUUGUACAAACAAAUUGGAAGAUUCCCGUUUUUUAAGGGGAAAAAAUUAGGUAUUUUUUAUAUGGCAUUUUCUACCAAUAUUAACGUCUAUCGGAUCAGCAAUAACGUCUCUAUUACAUGUUCAAAAACGACAAUAUUAGACUAAUUUUAAGAUCUGAAAUACAAAUAACUUUAUGCACUGUUAAUCUGCAUCGAUAGACAACAAAAUAAUGGAUUGUUAUUAAAUAUAUAUUUAUUAUCAA